AUGCAGUUUAUGGUUGAUUAUUCAUUCGUUCAUUCAGUCGAUGAAAACAAACGAUUAACUGGCCUGUUCUGGGCCGAUGGUUUGUGCAAACGUAACUAUGCUGAGUUUGGAGAUGUCAUAUCGUUUGAUGCUACAUUUAAAACCAACAAGUAUAAAAUGGUUUUUGUACCUUUUACUGGUAUUGAUAACCACUGUCGGAAUGUGACGCUUGGAGCCGGGUUGCUAGCAUCCGAAAGCAUUGAAUCAUAUAAGUGGCUUUUACAAUCAUUUUUGGACUCAUUUGGUAAGCAGCCGAAGGUGGUCGUCACUGAUCAGGAUCCCGCGAUGAAACAAGCUAUCGAAGCAGUGUUCGAUAAGAGUAGGCACAGAUUAUGUAUGUGGCACAUAAUGAAAAAACUUGCUGAUAAGGUGGGACAUGAGUUGUGUAACAACGAAGAGUUGAAGAGACGUAUGUGUGACAUUGUAUGGACUGAUUCGAUUGCGCCAGAAACGUUUGAGAUAGAAUGGAAGCUGAUAAUGAUUGAAUUUGGUCUAACCGAGAAUAAAUGGAUUGAUGAUAUGCUUGGCACGAGAUCUUCGUGGAUUCCAGCUUUCUAUUGUUAUGAGCCUAUGUCUGGGCUUAUGCGGACCACCUCCAGAUCAGAGAGCGAAAACCAUUUUUUCUGUCAAGUGGCGAAUUCUCAACUCACCCUUGUUGAGUUCUUUAACCAUUUUGAUGGUGCAAUGGACGUCAAUUUUUGCUGA